GCGUGCGCAAACCUUCCGUCUUCUCCGGUCCAGUGGCUCGCAACCACAUCUUUAUUCACGGUUUUAUCUCUGGUUUUAAAAAGCAGUACUUUUUUAGUUUGUUCUUUUGAGUUCUCCUCCGGUCACAACGGGCGGUAUUCACGUCAGCUCCUCGCGCUGUCUGUCACGUUGGGUCACUGAAACACGGCGACUUUUUUUGAUCUUUUUUUUCCUGAGUAACUAAAAAAAAGGGACGAGACGGAGAGGUGAGCACUCGGAUGACGGACGUUGUCAACGUUAAAGGACGCGCCGUGACCCCCCGCUACACGGGACCCGAACCUGACGGCAUGAUAAAGCUCACGCGCAGCCGGUGCCAGGCCUCCCCCUCGACGGCCGCUGUGGUGAAACCCGGCGGCUCGCACCCGCCCCAGACCAGGCGAGGAGGCCUCCGUCUCAAGCGGGCCAACGGCCAAGAGGCCCCUGGCCCGCCGUGCAAGAGCCAGCUGGGCCCGCGUCGGGUCGAGAUCUACCGGGCCAAAAUGACCAUGCCCCCGACCAUCGUCAUCCAGCGGCAGGAAAUGGCGUCCUUCUUCAGGCUUUUCGACGAUGACCUGAUCCACGACUUUCUUUGUAUGGACUGUUGCUGUAAAAUUACUGACAAGUACCUUCUGGCCAUGACCUUCGUGUACUUCAAAAGGGCCCGCUUUACUAUCGCCGAGUACACCAGGAAGAAUUUCUUCAUUGCACUGUAUCUUGCCAAUACCAUGGAGGAGGAUGAGGAGGAGAGCAAGUACGAGAUCUUUCCGUGGGCGCUGGGCAAGAACUGGAGGAAGCAUUUCCCCCGCUUCCUUCAGCAGCGAGACGAGCUGUGGGCUCGCAUCGAGUACAGAGCUGCUGUCAGCAGGCGCUGCUGCGAGGAGGUGAUGGCCAUUGUGUCCCUUCACCUUGUGUGGCGGCGAGAGAGGUCGGAGCACCACAGCGGCGCCCGGCGGCAGUACGGGGAGCGAGGCCGAGUUCGCAUCCCCCGUGGGCCCCUGGCCCUCCCGGUCUCCUGUCCGCAUUGUAAGCGUGGGGCCGCGUCAGAUCGGGGCUUUUCCGCUUCUCCCUCCAGCGACUGCUUGGUGCAGACCCCGAGCCCCGAAGUGCCCCAUCCCUUCACCUCCACGCUGAGCCUGGAGGUCACGCCACCCCGGGCCGCCGCCUGUCACCGGAGGGCAGAAGAGAUCGGAAUCCACAUGCAGCAUUCCUUCUGCUGUAGUGCUGAGCUUCCCAGUAGGUGUCAGGUUUCCCUAAAGGCUGAGAUGAGCAUAACAUCCAUCUCGGCAACUUUGAACCAAAAGAUUGAAAUAUAGAACUUAUUGGAGAUAAACUCCCACUCACUACCUGCUUUAUUUUAUUUUUUUAUGCUGCAUAUGCGGUUUGCCACACUUGUACACAGUCGGCCUCCACAAUCAAUGUGCAUAUUCAUGAAAUCCUUGCUGCUGGACCUUAGGUUAAACAUGAGUUUAAAAGUAAUCGCCAGCAGCUCUAUUAAUUAAAGCUCUCUUUGUUAAACUCACUCACUUCGUGUCUAAAUUGUGCGUAGAUGGGAUUUAUCUGGAUUACACCUGGGAGGUGCUUCACAAAGCAGGAUUAGAAAGUGAAAGGUGGUGCUGUAUGUCCUGUAAUACUGACUUCAAACGAUUGAAUAUUCAGGAAGGCAUUUUUAUGGCCCCGACACAAAUUGUUAAAUUUAUUAGCAGUUUUAAAACAACCACCGAGUUCAUUGUCCAUCAGUUCCUACGAUAAAUAAAUCUGGGGUUUUGUCAUUUAACACAGUGACUCCCAGCCACACGGGGGCGCUAAACAUCAAGUGUGCCAGGAUCAGUGCAUCGAGGUUAUCCAAGUCAGAUUUGCAGUUAUAUCAAGUCUUAACGACAAACUUAGUGGAAGAGUUACUCAGUCAGUUUAUAAAACAAAAAUAAAUAGGAUGCAUUCAUUUUUCCAAAAUAGUGCACGCUCUGUUUAAACCUGCUUUUCUCUGCUGAACCUGAAUCUGUCCUGCUAAAGAGCCGUAUUGGUAACGUACUUUGUGUAGAAUAAGAUUCCAGAUCUGUUUUCCCACAUGGAUGUAACGUAACUCCUAAAGUGCCCUGUGUCU